CUUGUUGUGGAGGGAUUUCGGCUUGUUCUGCUUGGCAACACUGCUAUAUGGUUUCUCGGCUUACCAAAAAGGCAAAAGCAACACAAACGAGCUCUGAACAGAUGAAGAGCAACAGGCCAGAGCCCGUCUUAUUAGACAUUCUCUGAACAGGCUCUGAAGCGUCUUCCCCGAUUAUUUAACUUCCGGGUCUUCUUUUAACACAACAUUGGAAGAAGGUCAGAGCUGAUGAUGAAAAUACACUUUUAGCUACGAUACGGUUAAUUGUUUUAAAUUCAAUACAAAAUCACUGUCUUCGUCAAUAUAUUAUCCGUAAAAAUGUGAUACUUAAAUAGGGUGCUCACAAGUUACUUCCGCGAGCCGUAAGGUCACAGCAAAAAUGGCGGCGCACGGGAUUAUGAAGUCGGUAUUGACAUGCUUUUCAAAUGCCCAGCGCAUUGUGGCCAAAAGUAGCUGCUUUACCACAUUACAGAAUGUGAACCGCUUGCCACAGCUCGCCGUAUUCGGUCAUGUUCCUAGUCGUGGGAUCGUAAAAGUGGUGGAGAAACAGGAGGGUAAAACAACAACUUUAGAGGGAGUGACUGUUGAUUCUCCUGAUACACCUGUGCCACCCAACCCUUCAGCCCACUGCCCCAUCUAUAGAUGGAACCUCCAGAACAAAUACGACUACACAGACGUGCUGCUGCUAAGUCAGUUCAUCCGCUCCGAUGGGGGCAUGUUGCCACGGCGAGUAACUGGACUCUGCACUCCUGAGCAUUACAAGAUUGCAGCCUGUGUCCGCAUGGCCCAGCGAGCAGGUCUGCUUCGGAUCACAAGCCAACUCUUCCAGAGGGCCAUACUCCCAAGCCUAAACCACAGCUCAAUAGAUACCUGACCCGUUGGUCAGCAGGCACAGCCAGACCCAUCUAUAAGCGUGGGUUGAAAUGGUGUAAAAAGCGCAUGCCUGUGGGAGACCCCAUCCUCAAAAACAACAUUCAGUAUGGGAAAAGACCCAUACGCUUCUGGCACUGAGACUCGCGUACUCACACCAUCGCCUCUGACAUGCACACAGUCCUUAAGAUAUCAGUACAGGAAGAAAAGCAUUUGCCUUCGACACACACCCACACUGUCUUCAUACUCAAGAACAUUUUGGUGGGUUUGAAGGGGGGUGGUAAUACUGUGCUAUCAGAUAUGUAAAUAUAAAACUAUGCUGUGCAGAGUUCCAGAACCUUUUAUUCAUUGUAAAUAAAAUAAGUCAUGAGAAAUUAACUUGG